AUGGGAUUCGGCAAUAUGGGCAUGGGAAGCGGAGGGCUGGGACCUGCCGACUUAUGGCGGGGUGUUGGAGUAGACUUUAACGGGGAUGUGGUGUCGCUGGAGCUGCCAGAAAGCGGUGUGAGCGGCCCGCUUCCGUUGGAGCUGUCGCAGCUGACGUCGCUCACCACUCUUGAUCUCGGAGGGAAUAAUUUAAACGGGUCGGUGCCAGCUGGAGUGUUCGCUAGCCUCCCACUGCUUACCGAGAUUCUUCUUAACGGAAACAGCUUGGAGGGGAACUUUCCCUGGAACGAUAUUUUAACUCAGGCCAAUUCCCCGUUGAUGCUUUUGCGGCUGGACGGAAACAGCUUUGUGGGGGAUAUUCCCGACAACGCUUUCGAAAACGCCACGCAAUUACACUCUCUUACGCUUUCUGAUAACAAGUUCACCGGCCCGAUCCCGUCAAGUCUGGGCAGCGCUUCGGAAAUUUCGGUCAUCGAUCUCUCCAAGAAUUGGUUCACGGGAUCCGUUCCUCCGAGCCUGGCAGAUAAACUCGCGCUCGAGGUGCUCGCGCUUAGCCACAACCGGCUUUCGGGGGAGAUUCCGGAAUUUAUUGGCAAGUUGCCCGCUAUUGUAAACCUCGACUUGAGCCACAACUGGUUCAUCGGUCACGUACCAGCGUCGUUCUCUUCGUUCGGGCAGUCGCUGAGGGGUUUGCAGCUGUCGUAUAACGCGUUGACAGGGCCUUUGCCGCGGUUCACUGGGCUCGGCAAGGAGUGCGAAAACCCCGAGGUGGACAGCGUUUCGUGUUACCGCUUCGAGGUUUUUAUCGAUUUGAGCGCGAACUACUUCGAAGGGCGAGCGGAUAUGGUCAUGCAGAUGCCAGGUUCGGAAAGCGGUGGACCAGCGGAAGGAGGAAACGUGUGCGAACUUCUGCGGGACAGGCAGCAAAGAGGGGCAGUGCGGAGGCGCAGGUGUUUGCAUCUACGACCCAGCCACCGUGGGACCGCAUGCAGUGAUCACGUGUUCGUGUAA